AUACCUUUUAUUCUCUCUCUCUCUCCCGCCCUCCUCUCUACCCCAAACCGGGCUGCAAGCGCGAAGUGUCUUCAUGAACCCCAAGGAUGUCCGGGAAGCAUUAUAAGGGCCCUGAAGUCAGUUGUUGCAUCAAAUAUUUCAUAUUCGGCUUCAAUGUCAUUUUCUGGUUUCUGGGCAUAGCAUUUCUUGGAAUUGGACUUUGGGCAUGGAAUGAAAAAGGAGUGCUGUCCAACAUCUCCUCCAUCACGGACUUGGGAGGUUUCGAUCCAGUUUGGCUCUUCCUUGUGGUAGGAGGAGUGAUGUUCAUUUUGGGGUUUGCAGGAUGCAUUGGAGCUCUGCGAGAGAACACCUUCCUUCUCAAGUUUUUUUCAGUAUUCCUAGGAAUCAUUUUCUUCCUGGAACUUACGGCUGGUGUUCUGGCAUUUGUCUUCAAAGACUGGAUCAAGGACCAGCUGUACUUCUUUAUCAACAACAACAUCCGAGCAUACAGAGAUGACAUUGAUUUGCAAAACCUCAUAGAUUUUACUCAAGAAUAUUGGCAGUGCUGCGGAGCCUUUGGAGCAGAUGACUGGAACCUCAACAUUUAUUUCAACUGCACAGACACCAACGCUAGCCGAGAGCGCUGCGGGGUGCCCUUUUCCUGCUGCACUAAGGAUCCUGCUGAAGAUGUCAUCAAUACUCAGUGCGGCUACGAUGCGAGGCAAAAACCAGAAGUUGACCAGCAGAUUGUUAUCUACACGAAAGGUUGCGUCCCCCAGUUUGAGAAAUGGCUGCAAGAGAACCUCACUAUAGUGGCUGGCAUAUUCAUUGGGAUUGCGUUACUGCAGAUAUUUGGGAUCUGCUUGGCUCAGAACCUGGUUAGCGAUAUAGAAGCUGUCAGAGCCAGCUGGUAAACUUGCCGACACAAGCGGCACGAGACACCGGCCAACCUCACCUCUCGGAAAGCUCCAGUGUGUCGCGUGGGCGCCGUCAUAUGGAAGUGGGUGACAGUGAAGUCUCGAGUUCUCAAAUGGCCGGAAGUGCCUCAGACCGUUGUUUAUUCCAGAGGGAACAGCACCAGCCACCCGUUCACCGACGAAAGCUUCCGAAAGCCCCAACCCGAACUUGUGUUGAGCUGUGACUCUCUGCCGCGCCCUUGACUUGAGUCUCUGGUGGAUGCUCUUUUCUUCCUUUUUUGUGGUAAAUGGCCUGUGUCAGUGAGACCUCAAUCGCCGCCUAGUUUACUGGGCCGUCUCUUCAUUCUCCGUGUCACAAGCCUGUCUUGCUGCUGCCAAACGUGAGGCAAUUUCUCUCAUCAGUGCACACCAAAAGGAGCGGCGUGCCUUUUCAGCAGACGGGAGGCCUGGUGCUCCCUUCUGGAAGAGAACCUGUCAAAUAGAAAGCCACUUUCCCAGUCCUUGGCUCCUUCGCUUACUGGCAGGAAAUGAGGCUCCCUGUGGAAGCUCUGAUUAAGAUCUGCUCUGUAAUGCCCUCUGUUGGGGACCAACAGUGUGUAAUUAUUUUCCAGUCUCUUUGCAACCUUGUCCCACAAGGGAGAGCGGGGUGGGAUUUAAUGUCUUAAUCAACAGGUUUAAGGGGGGAUGUGCAGCUCUUGUCCUCCUUCACCACUGAGUUGGCAACAUGUAAGAGAGUUGGAGGAUGAAGUCUCGAACCAGCUUUUUAACUAAGAGAAUGGGAGGUGUGGUAAACAUAAAGGGGGGUGGAAUACCCUACUGCGUACCAAAUUUCAUGAGUAAAAUGGUGGAAUUUG